AUGAGUUCCUUUGUAUCCACAAGUAGUAGUAGGUUCCUAACUGAAGAAAGUGAACUAGAACAAGCCAUUAAAGAAUGUAAGGAGCUGCUUCAAGAUUCGCCUCAUUUAUUGUAUGAGCAUUCAUACAAGAAAUGGAACCGUAUGAUUGCUAAGGGUCUAGAUUAUUUUAUUAAGGAACACCCAAAGACACUAAGAAGGAGGCUGGCAAGAGGAGUGCCACAAGAUUUUAGAUGGAAAAUUUGGAACUCUUUGCUGGAGAUUUCCUCCUUGGAUGAGGAAAGCCAGAUUAAUGAUAAUAUUCUUAAAAGCUUAAGGAAUUCCAAAUUUUUUCUCGAAAUGUUUAUUGUCCAUGAAAAUCAAUGCCUCUCUUCUCAAGUUCAAACUGCAAAUCUCAUGUAUUACAAUUAUUAUGACUAUGCUGCAAAGUUCCUAAACAAAUAUUCUCCUCUUAUAAGUAUUGAUGUUCCACGAACUUUUCCAGAACUCAAUAUUUUCAAAGAUCAGGCGUCUCAAGAGUGUCUUUUCAGAGUAUUAAAUGCUACAGCUAACCAUAUUCCAGAUGUUGGAUAUUGUCAGGGGAUGAACUUCAUUGCAGCCCUACUCUUGAUUAUUAGUAACUUUGACCAAGAAAGAAGCUUCUAUUCAUUAAUACUCAUACUCGAAACUUAUGGACUUUCUGGCUUUUAUAAAGACCAAUUCCCACUUUUAACCAAGUACAUUCAAGCUUUUGAUACUAUGUUUCAGAUUAAUAUUCCCAAACUUUGGAAACAUUUUCAAGAUGAAGGUAUAUUCGACCCUGUAUAUCUUCAUCCUUGGUUCCUCACUUUAUUUGUUUCCACUCUUCCAUUAAAAACCGUUGUAAUUAUUUGGGACUAUUUGUUGGCUAAUGGCCUCCAAUCUCUCAUCUCCAUAGCCAUAGCGCUUCUCAAAACCCUUGAAUCCUCUCUUAUUGGACAAUCUAUGGAGAAUAUAAUCCAGUUCUUUAAGUCCCUUCGUAUCUCUGUUGGGAUUAACGAUGUCACAUGCGCCAGAAUGCUGCUUUCAAAAGCAAAGAAUAUCCAUAUUUCCGAGGAAAUCCUUGCUACUUUUAAAGUCUAG